GGAAAAUUCGCGCGAAUUCUCCGGCCGACACGCGCCCAUAGUUCGUUCCGGUAACCAUCUCUUAUGGAAGCGCGUGGUAAUUCCUUGCAAUCGAUAAUACAUUUGUGCCUAGACUUACUGAAAUUUAUUUGAGUGCUCGUGAAGAAGUAUUGUGAGUCUUGGGUGCCGUAAAAUAUGGACUCUGCCGCCUUAUCGCCGAGAAGUAAACAGUGAGUCUGUUGGCGCGGUGUCUGCUGUGAACCGCGUGCUCGCAAUAGCACAUGGCUUGAGUUGGCUGACUGAAACUUAAAAGUGGUAGUGUAGGAUAGUAAUGCCUGCUGUGAGCAUUUGUGACCCUGUUGCGGCAGCACUCCGCCACUCUCUGGAGGCCAGCCAGUCUAAGUCUUUAGAUGAUCUGUCCGUUAGUCUAGCUGGCAGUGCAUCUCGCAUACUGCAAACAGAAAUACAGUACGAGGAGGCAGCUAACUACCAGGCAACAGUUCUGGAUAGACUCAAGGCCAAAUACAUUGUACUGAGCUUGCCUUACAGUGAUCAUUCGGAGGGUGGUAAAACUAAAGAUAGUGCAAACAGCACCAAGAAGUCUGAAAUAAAGAAAAUGGGUCCUAGUCUGCCAGAACCUGCAGUUACCUUAUAUCCUGCUCAAAAAGUUAAUCUGGGAUGGAAGGGAACAUUUCCAGUUGGUGCUGGAAUGUACAAUGUUGGAAACACCUGCUAUUUAAAUAGCAUACUUCAAGCACUAUUCCAUGUUCCAGCUCUUAUCAAUUGGUUACUUUCUGAUACUCACCACAAUUCUAAAUGUGAACAAAACGAUGGCGGAGGAGAGUGCCUUACAUGUGCCAUGGCAAAAACACUACAAUUCAGUCAUGAAAAAUCAGGAGGAGCCAUCAAGCCCUUUUACAUAUACAACAAACUGAAACUGAUCUGUAGAACUAUGGUGCCCGGACAGCAGGAGGAUGCUCACGAGUUCCUACGUUAUUUACUUGAAGGAAUGGAACGAGCAUAUUUAACUAGGCACAGAGCUGUUAAAUUGGACAGUUAUUCCAAAGAGACGACUCCUAUUAACCAGAUUUUCGGAGGUUAUAUACGUACCGAAGUGAAAUGUUUGCAAUGCCGUCAUGUUUCUACGACGUUUCAGCACUUCCAGGAUUUACUCGUGGACAUUCGAAAAGCUAGCAGUCUGGAUGAGGCUCUGACCAGCUACUUCAGUAAAGAACAACUAGAUAAUAAUGAUUACAAGUGUGAAGCUUGUAAACGUAGGGUGCCUGCUACCAAGCAAUUCAGUCUUGAGCGUCCACCCAAAGUCCUUUGUGUGCAAUUAAAGAGGUUCAGUGUCUUGGGAGGAAAGAUCUCAAGACAUAUUGGCUUCAAACAAACUGUAGACAUGGGCCCUUAUCUCUGGAAAGAACCAGGAGAUAGUCCUACGACGUUAAACUACAAGCUCACAUCUAUGGUCACACAUAUGGGACCUUCUGUUAACUGUGGACACUACACGGCUGUUGCUCAAGUAUCUACAGGGCAGUAUUAUUCCUUCGAUGAUUCCUGUGUUCGCCCGAUUAGUUUGAGCAAUGUGCUAAGUACAAAUGCAUAUAUAAUGAUAUUUGAGAUGGAACCACAAUCGCAGAAUCAAUUACAAACACAGCACACGUUAAAAGUAAAUGGUUUAUCAACAUCCAAGAAUAUGUUGGCUCUGCCAAACGGUAAUUCCAUUAAAGUCGUUUGUCCAAAGCCAUCGACUUCUGGUGUAAUGUCUUCGAAUGGUUCUGUUAAUGGUACGGCUAAAAGUAAAGAUAGUACGGAAACAACACUGAUUGGUCCACAACUGCCACAUCAAAAGACUGUUGGACCGCAACCCUCCAUACAGAAAAGUGCAAACUUCAUUGGGCCACAACUACCACAGAAGUUACAGGAAAAAUCGCAGCCAAGAUUGGUUAUGCAUAUAAAGAAUGGAAAAGUAUUGAAUGGUAGCAGUUUGGUACCUUACGACGGUUCUAGUGAAGAGGAGGAAAAUAAUUCUACAACAGGAAAUAAAAAUACUGUUACGACGAACUCUGCGGCUUCUAAAGCAAUUCCUAUCACGAAUGUUACUAAUGGCGUUCAAAAGGUUAACGUUACAUCUAAGGAUACCUCACCUAAAAUCGUUCCUAAUGUGAAAGAUGUUCAGAAGUCGAUAAAGUCUAACGGUAACGAUGUAAUAACCACAAGUUCAAAAUCACAAGGCCAAAAUGGUGUUUUAUCUUGCACGAAAAAUCAAAAUGGUACCAAUGGAGUAAACAAUUCUCUGAAAUAUCAGAAUGGUAAAUCUGAGACGAAUGGCAAAACGGAAACAAUGAACGGAAAGGAGAAGUGGCAUCAUCCAAUAAGAGUGAAGACUGGGCCGGAUGAGACGGUUCUAACGAAAGCUGCAGCCAGCAGCAUUAAAGGUUGGGAGGUUUCUAAGAAUACUUCAUCACCUACUUCAGCAGCGACACCAAAUGGAUGGUCCGUUACGGAUAACAAGGAGGAUACCAACAAAUCUUCUAACCAUACAAAUAUUACACCAAGUGCAGCAGCACCGAGGAACUUUAGUGGAACAAACCGUUCAGAUACGGUAUCUCACCUAUUGAAGAUGUCACACCGGGGCUACGGCAGUUCUUCGGUAUCCAAUUGGAAUGGUGGAAGAGCUCAUCUAGAACGCGAGGUCGAUAAUGAACGACGUGAAGAACGUAAAAGACACUUUGACCCUAACGAUGAGGAAAUGGACAGAGGUCGUGUAAAAAAGGUAAAAGUUCACCGAGAUUACGACGGCCGAUCAAAUGCUGGUUACAACCCCUUCCAAGAGUACCAGAACGGAAAGAGCUGGAAUCGAGCACCUAGUGGUUACCACAGGAAGAACUAUUAUAAUACUUCAAGUCAUAGCAGACCACGAUACGGCAGUAACUAUAGGCCACCACACUAUAGGUAUCACAAUCAUUCGCGUGAUCAUUGGCAACGUAGAUAGAAACGUCUCAUCCACGGUGUGCUUGGGAAUUUACACCAAAACUGUAUAAUCUUUUUCGUGGGUCGAUGGAGGCAGAUGUCAAAAUUCAUGACUCGCUGAUCAGCAACCUCCUUAGGCGCAAUAGCUAAUUUAAAUAAAACAGAUCCCGUUCGGACUCACCAAAGGUGAUUCGUUCAUUGCAUUUCGAAUAGUAUACACGAUAAAUACAUAAUAUGUAUGGCUCAAAUGUUCCUGCGAGACUGUCGGCUACCGGAUACUUCGGUUAUAUCAGCUGCUCCUAGUCGCUAGGGUGGAAUAUCAAUUUUUAUACCCUUAUCAAUAAGGCAUGCGGAUCCGUGCUAGAUAUUUUUACAUUUCUUUACUUUCUUUUAGCUUAUUUUCCUCUCUUUAUGCCUCCUGUAUGAAAUAAUUUUUCAAUGAUAUGAAAGAUAUUCAAAGAAUAAAUAGAGUUUUUAUUAAUCAAGUACGUUCAGCUCAAUAGAGUAGACGUUGUGGAAGUUUAAGAGUGAAAAGCAUAAGAGAAUUAUAAAAAUAUCACAUAAUCCGUCCUAAGUUCAUUCUGGCCAUAGGAUUCAUUUUCUACAACAAUCUAAACACUUGAUUAAUUAUUUUCAAUUUGUAUUGUAAUAAAAGUUUGAGCUUUAUACGUUUUCAUAAUUGUAUACAGCUCGCUAGCCAUGCAGCCUCCUGGGACGCUUUGCUGUACAAUAUUACUGAAUUAGGAAUGCUGUUAUUUUUCAAAUAAUCUAAAAGCGCAAUAGUCUUCAUAGAUGUCGUGUGGUAUCUUUCCAUGAUUGGCUGUGGUCAGCAGAAAUAGCGCAGAGAGAGCAAAUACAUUUUGAUCAAAUUUUGCCUAAUACUCUUGUUCUCUAGCGAUAUUCCUGCUCAAUACAACCAUUGUUAGAUACGAAUGAUAUAUAUGCAUAAGAGAGAGAGAGAGAGAGAGAGAGAGAGAGAGAGACUGUGUGUAUGUGCGCGUGUGAGUCUGUGUCUUGUGCAAAAUCGAAUUAAUGAUUUAAAAAAGUUAAUGAUACUAGUAAUAAGGAUAAGGACUAACGAACGGUAACAGUUAUUCAAUUGUAAAUUUUCUUAGCUGAACUAAGCUUAGGACUCUUAGGGAAAUAAUCAGGAACUCUUAAUUAAAGAAGCGAUUAUUGACAGGAUCAUUGUAAAAAAAAUUAUUUGUUAAUGCCGUUAUCGCAAUCCAAGUAAAGGGUGAGUUAGGGGUCAGACGCAGAUGAUGUCGAUUCCUUAAAAGACCCGUCACUUCCGUCUGUCCUCCCAAUUUAUAGCCUGCUGUCAUUUAUGAUACCUCGUUAUGUUACUUUUACGAAUUAAUACUAGCCAAAAAACAAGUUAUAUUAAUAUCAGUAAUGUAACGAAUAGUGGUCACUAUUAUAGUAUGAUUAAAGCCAGAAUUGAUUUGUGUACAAGAUAUCUUAAAUAAAAAGACGUUUGUAUAUGUCUAGUGUGGAAAUCGGCAGGCUGAUGGAAUAAAGAGGAAGUAAAUGAUUGAUAAAGAGA